AUGAAGCUUGGGCAACUGUGCAGACUCCUGCCCUUUGUCGUACCUUGUCAGCUCGUUUGUCUCUGCGCCAGCGCGUCUCAAGAUGUACUGGCGGAGGAGGAUACUGUCAAUCAGAGCCUCAUCACCAUCCUUCCCUCCUGGGACGUCAUCGGCCCAUUCAGGAUAGGGACUCGAGAAGCAGUCUGGGGUGCUGAUCCCCUUGAGUUCUAUGGGGGGAUCCAGAACGCCAGACCGAACGAGUUCGGCUGCUUCCGGAGUCCGUUAGCAAGGAACGCGACCGUGCAAUGGGCUCGGAAAGAGUACUCUACCUCUCUGUCGAAGGGUGAACACUCACUUGAGUUCUCACUAGCCUUUGGUGAGAUUGAUUGGGAGUUCGCCCAAAAGAUCUAUGGCUGGGGGGCUUUUCAGUACCAAGCAUGGGCGAAAGGGGAGAUCUUAAACCGGGACAUCGUGAGUCGGCUCAUCAAUAUCUUUCCUGACAACAUCGUUGAGCUCUGGAUCAAUGAUAUGCAUGUCUUUGGUGGAGAUUUCUUCGGGUUUGGGCGAGUACCUGUUCUGGUUGAGCUCCCUCCGGGCGUCAACAAUAUCAGCGUGCGGCUGGUGCGUGAGGUUCGCUCUAUGGGUGGUGCGUUUCCUCCAACAAUCCAAGCAGGCUUGAGGACUCGCCUCGCUACUGAACAGCUCGUAGUUGUUACAGACAGCAUGGUGAUGCCAGAUGUGAUCAAUGGAAGACUCUGUGCGCGGUACGGUAGCGUAACAAUCCGAAACCAAGGCGGGACAUGGAUACAUGUUCACAGGAUAGCAACAACGUCUGAGGGAAGGAGUUAUAUCGUUGCAAGACAAGACAUACACCUUGCGCCUGGCCAAUCGCGUCCAGUGAAAAUGAUAUUCAAGGCCGGAUUCAGAUUGGACGAAUCGCUGAAGUUCAUUCUGAGUUAUUCAGGCCAGGACGCGGCACUGAACGAGGUCACCUUCACUACAAAGUUGGAACACGCAGACAUAUCAUCUUUGCAGAGGAUCACAUUCCUUCAUCCGAGCGGCACAGUGUCUUAUGCCAUGUUGAAGCCGCCAUCUGCGGCCAACGCGACGAAAGAUGACAGACUACCCGUGCUCUUGAAUCUUCAUGGUGCUGGCGUGGAGGCAGGUGGCCCCUUAUCGCGACAUAUGUUUGACGAUGCUGCUCAUCUUCCCGCGUGGAUACUCACUCCUACAGGCAUGAGCCCCUGGAGUGGCGACGAUUGGCAUACUUGGGGUUUUGCUGAUGCUCAAGCUGCAGUGGCGGCAAUUCCUGAUUGGAUUGACAGCACAGGCUGGAAUGGUCCAGGCGUGUAUUCUGACAAGCUUCUCAUUGCAGGCCACUCCAACGGCGGGCAGGGGACGUGGUAUUUUGCUUCCCAUCAACCCGAUCGUCUUCUGGGUGCUGCCGUCGCUUCGGGGUAUUCGUCGAUUGAAAACUAUGUACCAUAUGUUUUGUGGAACGAGGCGGACCCUCUCCAAAACGCUAUUCUCGAGACCUCAAGAAGCAGCUUCCGUCAUGAGAUCUUAACUGAAAAUCUAGCGGACCUUUCUAUCUUCCAGCAGCACGGAUCAGCAGAUGACAACGUUCCGGCUUACCACUCUCGACUGAUGAACGCCCUGCUGGAACAAGGGGGCGGGAUUGCACAAUAUUCGGAGAUGCUGGACAAGGGACAUUGGUUCGACGGCGCAAUGACUACCAAGCCAAUGAUGGAAUUUUACUUGCAGCAUCUGACUUCGUAUCACAGGGGGCUCACGGUUCCCACAUCUUUUGCUGUCGUCGUUCCCAAUUCCCAUGACAUGGGAUCCAGGUACAGCAUCGUUGUCGACCAACUCUCAUCCCCAGACCGGUUGGGAAGAAUCAAGGUAAAAACCGAGCUGUGUGGAUCUCUCGUCCAAUGGCAUAUACGGACAGAGAACAUCCAUCGAUUUCAUCUAGAUCCCUCCGUACAACUAGCGAAUGCUCCUGACGAACUCCUCAUUGAUGACGUGCCGCAUGUGUUCGACGCCGGAAGAGGGGUAGCUUCUUUUAUCAAGUCCCCUUCCAAUGUCUGGGGUAGGGACGUCGUCUUGGAUUGGAGAACUCUGGAUCAAAGAUAUGGUCGUCAAAGAGGAGCCCUUGAUGCAAUACUUAGGAGCACUGGACCAUUUGAAGUCAUCUACGAUUCCAGCAAGACACUGUCCAUCGCGGUACAGGCAAGCCGAAACUUUUUGCAAUAUUUUGGAGCUGAUACCAAUAUUUUGCCGUUCUCCGAGUAUGAACAAGCAUUGGAGAGGGGAGGAAACAUUAUCACAAUCUGUCUUGGAGACUUUGUCCCAGAAGCUCGUCUCCCAAGGUUCCCGAUACGGCUUACCGAUGAGGAAGUUCUCUUCACUGGACCAGAUUACCGAUCGAAGUCGUUCCAUUUUAGAGAAGGCAUGGGCGGAGUCUGGCUUCGUCCGCUUCCGGGAGAGCGUUUGGAGCUUGUGGUAUGGGGAAUUGACGAGCCUGGUUUGCGACAAGCUGCGAGGCUGAUACCCACAGUCACUGGAGCUGGUCAGCCGGACUUCGUGAUUUUGGGUAGCGAGGCAAGAUGGAAAGGUCACGGAGGUGCCAUUGCAAUGGGCUUCUUUGACCGCAACUGGAAGAUAUCCUCUGCAUCAUACCUGCCUUGA